AUUUCAUUGCCUUGCCAGACCACAUAUAAUAAUCCCGUACUAUAGUUUUCACACAUGCAAUUAUGCCUGACCCACAUAGCGUGUUUUGAAAGGGACGUCUCCAGCCUCAAUCCAAUUAGGGAGUAUAAAAAAUUGCGUCUGUUGUCACUGCAUGGCCGGCUCACCUCGCAAUCUACACUUAUUCCACUGUAUUUAAAAUCACAUUCUCUGUGAGCAGUAAACGCAAGCCUUGUCGGUUCUCGUUAGCCGUACUGACGUCACACGUCUCAACCAAUCACGUUCACGUUUCAAGUGCAUCAGUGACUAACAUCUUCCCGCACUGAAGAUUUUGCGAUUUCUUAAAAAUAUCGUCUGCAACGCUCGGUGCAUACAGUAACGGCAUAAACUCGAACAACAGUGGAAUUGUAAACACGCUGUGUCCCGCGGAAAUUGCAUAUAAGAGAAAAUCAUGAUCUUCUUAGUAAACAACUCGCCUGAGCUUCAAAGAUGACUGCUUUUUCACUCAGCCAUGUGCCAUACAGAAUGAUCGGCGAUUCGUGAUCGGUAAGAACCAUCGUGUAUCUUGACUAGACAACCGGUGUUUGUUCACCUUAUCGGUCUUGAGACAUCAUGCCGUCUUUGGAAGACAGGGUAUCCGAAGAGGCUGUUAUGCUAUGCAAUGAGUUUAUUUACCUCAAGCUACGUCAGCGUGGUUUACUCAACAGAGGGCGACAAACAGCUGCAGUCAAACUUAUUCCCACCGCUGCAACCAAAAAAGCACGCCACCAACCGAAAGAGAUAACGAUUCAAGACACGGUGCUGGAGCUCCAGAUGGUCAGUGCCGAGAUGGAGCAGAGGUACCCGAACCUCUUCAAAGACGUCUUCACUCAGUUAAACAUCCGGGUCACUUCCGAGGAGGUCGUGGAGGAAGCCGUCACGGCCGUUGCGUCAGAGAUCUUCCGUAGUGGGAUCACGUGGGCGAGGGUGGUGGCCAUGUUUGCUGUUGCGGCCACACUGGCGGCCGAGUGCGUCCAGCAGCGGACCCACGACCACGCUGCUUUCGUGGAUAGGGUGGUCAGGAGUUUGAGUCACUUCGUGAGAGAGAAUCUUGCGGAGUGGAUUGCUAGAGAAGGCGGAUGGGGUGAUAUGACAACAACAUUCCGAGGGGUCAAAGAGGACGAUUCUAAUAUGCUAAUGACCAUCGGCGUUGUGGGGGCGUUGUGCGGAUUCGCUGGAACGAUCUUAGCAACAGGGAAACUCCAGGACAAUUUAUAGCCAAUCAGGAACGUCUUAAAAGUGACGUCAGACGAUGAACCGACCAAUUAAAAAGAGAGGCUUCGAAUUUCACAACCUUGAAUUUGCACAACCUUCUGUAUACAGAUACCAAGUGAACUGCAAUCACCAGCAAGAAGGCCCUGUCGAGACUGGGUGUAACUUGAAGGGGGUGAGAGUCAUUGUUCACAAAAGGGUCUGAAACUACACACCAUGUAGGAUACCAAUUCUGCUGAUGUAUGUUGAAAUUAUGGCUUUUCCACCUGAAUGGUAAACCCUCUGGAGUUAUAGAUUCCACCGAGCUUGACAGUGUUCUCAGCACUAGAGAAGUAGAUCAAAGAGCAGGGUUUUGUUAUAUAUGGAAAAAGUAACGGCUGAUCUUCUUCACCAGGCUGAUCUUCUUCACCACCAGGCCGACUUAAAAACUAUGAAUUCAGAUUAAAGUCUGACAAAUCUCAUCCCUGAACUUGACUUCUCAAUUAAAAUUGAGUAGAGGAAAAUUACCAGAUAGACAAGACAAAUAGUCAGGUAGCUAUAUUUUGUAAUGACCACGUUUCAAACCUCUUGUAUUGGAAGAAGGUGACUACUUCGUGAAGAGCGGUUCCAGACACAGCAAGUAAUUCUUCCAGUUUGUGGUAUCACAAGAAUGCGCACCAAGGUAUCAACAAGCUAAGAGCUUCCAAAUCAAACUUAACAUAACUAGGCCUACAGAUGGUACCAAGCUUGAAGUACAGAAGGUUGGAAGACAAAAAUGUAAGAGACAUCGUCAUCAUCAACCAACCAAUUGGAAUCUAACAACCGAUCACGCCAUUUAUGAAGGAGCAAUCACAGAGUCAACUUCGAAGCGUGUGUAAUAAAACAACAAACGAUUUCGUCCAAGCGAGGCCUUGUUUCACAGCAUGGACAAAAAUCACCUCAAAAAAGGCUGUGUUCCAUUACUCGUAGAUUGGUCCAUUAAUAUCCGCAACUAUAAGGACAGGUAUUGGUUUAUGCAUGCACAUAUAUGUAAGUCGGAUUUAACAGAGAAUCUCGUGAAUGCCAUGUCAAAAUGUGGUUACGUACGUGGGCUCAACAGCAGAACUCUGGCGUACUUCAUGAACCUCGAAGUGUGACGUCAGACUACAUUCCUCAAAAACUCACUCAACUUAGACAUUCGCUAAAACCAACAGCACUACACACGCAACAACAUUUCGAGUAUGCGGUGCACACAAUCUAUUUAAAGCUCUCCAAGGUACAAAUUAGUCAGUGACAUUUUGAUUAUCGAGCUGGUCUCUUAUUUCAAAGUCUGCACUAUUAGGCAGAACUUAAUUUGACGUCAUAACGAGUACAUAACGCCAUAACCGAGGAAAUCUGUGCUGCACUUGUUCACAGAUUACCGCAACGUUUUUGUUUUUGUUUUUUUGUGUGUUUUUUUUUUUGGGGGGGGCGGGCGUAAAUUUUCCAGCGCUACACCAACACACUAUACAGCAAAUGCAAAUUGAGUUAGUAGUAAACUAUGUUAUUUCAGUCAAAACCCCGUUUUGGAUUAACACAAAACACUAAUUUGAAAACAGUUCGUUCCCUUCCCCUCCUUUAUUUUUUUAAGUUUGGUAACGUUUAUCUUUACGUACCCAUGAAAAGCUAGACAUUUACAUAAUACCCUGCACAAGCAAUUUCAUAUAGAUAGAGGAACAUUUUGGCAAGAAGGCUGGUCCUUAAUUUUAUCUAAAAAGUUUCUGACACUCUUUCAAAUGAACACUUUUAAAACAUGGCACUUAAGAGAAAACCAAUAAAGUGGAGGUUUGUGUGCAUUAAUGGCCGUUAGAAGGGUGUGAGCACUGACAUUUACUGUUAUAUUUGUGGUUUCUGAUACAAUAUUUUCGAUAUAUUUUGUGCAUGUAGUUGCUCCAGGAAUGUUCAAACAACUUGUGAAGAACAGUCCAUGUCUAAAAGAAUCUUCUGAAGCUUAUAAUGCUGAAAUAUAAACUCACCAUAAAAUAUAUUUACAUAAUAUGAAACCAAGAC